UAUAUCUAUAUAUAUAUAUAUAGUAUCGUUGUUACUGCUGCUAAUAAACUGCACUGUUGCCGCUGGCGCUAACGAUAGGAUGAGCGAAUCGCUGGCUGCCGACUGUUGUGGUGAAGUGUUGUUUCGCUAUUGGAUAUCACUGUGAACUAGAGUGCUGUGUUUAUUACUUUUGUGCUGGUGAGCCUGUUCGUGUUUCGUCAACGUCGAUGUCGUUUGUCACUGAGUUUUCGUUGUCAUUACUGCCGUUGCGCCAUCGCUGCCGCCACCGGGACCGAAGCAUCUGCGGCAGCUGCCGCGGUCAUCAUCAUCUUGUUCUCUCGAUGUGCGCGGGCUCUUUCCUGGCGCCCGCCAAACCGGCCGGGAUUUAGCAUCCGGCUGGUCUCAGCCCGCGCUCUCCGCUUAGCGGGUCAGGCGCUGCGGGAGCAGCAGCGGCCAAGAGGAGGACUUCUACCGACGACGGGACCAGCAGCAGCAAAGCAGACAGAUUGUGUGUGUCGGUUGUCGUGUUGUGAAACAAAAUGGCCUCUCGGGUCCACCAGCGGUUUCCGGGGGCCCGAGUGCCCCGUGGCGGGCGAAAACUCGUUAGGUGUGGGCCCGUAAAACCGCCAGAACAUUCCCCCAACCCACUGGUCAGGGGCGCCGCAAGAAUCGCCCGUGCCAGGGCCCGUUUCGUAAACGUCUUCGGCGACUCGGCCUCCGACACCGAUGAGGAGGAAUUUGUUGGCUUUGCCAAAGAUGGAAGCAUCCUCUCUUCGGAGGAUCCUGGAGGGGGACGAAGGCCUAAAAAAAGAAAGGGUACGCCGUUGGAAGUUAACAGGCUUGAGCCUAAACGGCCUGCGGUGGAAUUGCCUCAAAACACGGCGAUAGUGUCCUCACGGGAAAGACACGCCUCAAAUAUAGACGAUUCGGCUGCGAAGCACAGCAACAACGUUGAUGAAGAACGCUCCGUUAGGAUUCCGCAGGAACGAGGCCAUAGUAACGCCAGCCACGUGAAUACUGGCAAGGAAUCUGCAACUUCGAUGAAUCAGGAGUCAUCUAAGGACACUUUCAAGGUGAGUUGCCGAGUAAACCGACCUCAAGAGAACAAGGAACAGCAUAAGACCGCCAAGGACAAUCGGGGUGUUGAGAAAGAAGGGCCACGAAGUCGAGAUCGAAGUCAUCACGAACGCGACGCAAAGGUCAAGGAACGUUCCGCCCAGGAGGGCAAAGACGUCAAGAUGAAGGACCGACGAGACAGCAGCAGUCAGGGUGGCCACGAGUCGAGAUCUUUAAGACACAGCCGAGAUGGACCAGAAGACGAUCCCAGCCAGGACGAGGUGCGCAAAAUGGCGUCCCUCUACACAGACGAGCUCCUCGAUUCUGAUAGGAGCAGUAAGCAUAAAAGGAACACCAAAAGUUUGGCUUCGGAAAAGGACCGCGUUGAAAAGCUAUUAAAAGCCCAAUGGGAGGCUCGAUUGAAUCGAAACAAAUUGCAACAGCAGCAGCAGCAGCAGCAGACUCCAGCUACGAUGGGAUCAUGCCCCUAUCCGCCGGCUGGUUUAAGUAGCAACAAUCCUGGGAACUCCAAAACAUUUCAGCAAGAUGGAAGCAGCAAAGGACUUUUGGGGAUGAUGCAGACCACCUCAAAUUCUGCGAGCCUAACAACUCCAGCAAAAAGUAGUGGCCCUGUUUCGAUCAAAGAUGUGAUGGCAGCUGUCGGAAAUACAUCGCGUAAAGAUACACAAACAAGCCAAACAUUCUCUUCAUUGGGAUCGGUAGCUGUGACACAGAGUCCGGCUUCUGCUGGAUCUGGACGCCCCCGAAUACAUCCUCGACCAUUGCUGCGCGAGCCCCGACUAUGUCUCGAUAAAAAGCAGCGCUGUGUUAUCUGUAGCGUCGAAAAAGGCGCUGCUGGUCACCUCUUACAGGAGUACGACCAGCUAAUCUGUAAAGUAUGCUUCCGUUUUUUCUCCAAGUUUGUUCGUGUUCCUCUUCACCUAAGGUGUAAUGGUGAAACCCUGGGCAACUGCCAGCUCCUCGUGGCGCCGAGGUGCCGCGCUUGCUGGGCGCAAUCGUGCGUGCGAAACCUACAAUUCGAUGGGGCGGUGAAAAGCAAACUUCAGAACUUUCUACAUGAAAAGAAGGAGGAUCAACUACAGAAGCCGCAAGCGCAGCGGGUGGUACAGCAGCCACUCUAUCCAAAGUCGCAACAGUCAGCCGCCGAGAAAAGUCACCAUCACUUACAACAGCAUCAAUACAAUAGCGCUCAACACCCACAUCAGCAUCAACAUGGCCAACAACAGCAUCAGCCACAGCAACAACAACCAACAGCCCAAAAUUUACCUUCUUUACCUCCUGGCAUCAGUGCCAACGUUGUUAACGAGCCCCGAGUGACACAGCAGCCAGAAUCUCGCAUUUCCGGUAUUUUCAAGGAGCCUCGGCCUUUUCCGCUUCCUUUGUCGGCAGCUCGACGGGAGCAGGAAUUCAGCUUAACGCAGGCAUCGCAAAGAAACCUCACUCUUUCGUCAAGGUGCUCGCUGUCAGGGGUUCAAGAGAAGUCAACGAGUGUUCACUCAGCGACGAUACCUUCGUCAUCGUUACACGCAACGUCUUGUAAAAUUAUAAGUAGUAGCAGCGGUAAUAAUAACAGCUGCAAUUUUAGUGGAAAAAAGGAAUCUAUUGUUGUUAACAAUAUUCAACGCCCAGUCUCGUUCGCUCAAUGUUCUACUAACGAGGGCCGAGACCCAGCGACGACGACAACGACGACAACGACGACGACGACAACGACGACGACGACAGCAACAGCAGCAACAUCCACAGCCAUCGUUGCCGUUAAAUUAAAGUCGUCCUCAUCGCCAAGAGAGCUACCGAGAGAGAAAGAAGGUGCGAGAGUCAAGCAGGUGUGUCGAAGGGGCCCAGGCGUCAAAAGAAAAGAGUCCGCGGUCGGAACAAGUUUCAGCGUGGGCCAUGAAGGAAAUUUGGCCACUUCUACAUCGUCCUCAAUGAAGACAGAAGGACUACCACCCCCGCCGCCGAAGACGGGAGCAUCUUCGGUAUUUGGCUCUAUGACUACGAUAGCGACCGAGCGGUCCGCGUUACGGAAGCAUCACUUGGUUAACAAGAAGUCGGCAGCUGGAGCAAUGGCACCAACGUCUGCGGUGACAUCUGCUAUGUCGACGAUAUCCUGCACACUGACAGCUGCAGCAAGCACUGUAGUACAAAGCGAAAGGCAUAAAGAGGAGUUUAAGGAACCGCGCCGUGACAAUUCGGGCAUUGUACUUAGUCGGAAGGUUCGUGCGCCUGUUCGAGCGCAUCCGACGAAGCGCUGGGAAAAUAUGGAGCCUACUCUUGAGUACCCGGGUGUGAAACCGCUGAACUGGAGUUCCCUUGGCGAGGAUCUUUCACGUCUCCUAAAUAUCGGCCUCCCCGUGAUCGUCGCCAAUCCCACACAAUUACCCAACGUUCUAUUAUGUUUUGUGUGCGCCUCAAGUGUCAAACACAACAGCGCUCUAUACUGUGCCAUGUGCUGUGAGCCGUAUCACACGUUUUGCGUACAGAUUAAAGAGGCGGAUAGUGUUAACCCGUUAAGUUGGUUAUGCCCAAAAUGUCAAGCCUGUACGGGCUGUGGCAAGCGUGAUCGCCGCCAGCAGAUGCUCAAAUGCAGUAACUGUCGACAGGUGCAACACGCCCGAUGCGUACAGCCUGGCUAUCCAAACGCGCCAAGUAAACGAAAAUCUAUAUGGACUUGUGUCCGAUGCAUACGCUGCAAGUCGUGUGACACCAACGCUCGAGUGAUGUCCGGCUGGAACUUCGAUCUGCAACUGUGCGCCGAGUGUGUCUCACUUCGGCAGCGGGGCAAUUUCUGUCCGGUCUGUGAACGCUGCUACGAAGCGGACGAUUACGACAUCGAGAUGGUGGAAUGCGCUAGGUGCCGUAAGUGGGUGCAUGCCGCGUGCGAAAACCUCACACCGGAUGAAUACCAUCUUCUUUCAGUUUUACCAGACAGCGACACGUUUACAUGCACUCGCUGCGGUGGCCCCGAUCAAGCCGGGCAGAGAAGAGAUCUGCUGGCAAAAGCUACCCGAAUGCUAAAUCACAAAUGUGUUCUUGUGCUCAAUCGAGUUCAUUCGCUGAGUCCGGCCACGAUGGCGUUAGCAGGUGGCGUAAUGGAUAAAGCGUCAAACAACAGCUACCUAUCGCUUAAGGCCUUUUGUCGUGAUAUCCUGCAGGCGGCCUUGCGUGGGGGUGUCGCAAUUAAGCCACUCCGUGAAAUGCUCCUUAAUCUUCUAGGAUUCUACUUUCGUGAUCUGAACGACAUGAUUGAUCAGCUAUUGGUGGUUGUCAGUCCGACGAAGGAUGUGAUGAGAGGCGGAGACAAAGACUCAAAACCAUUAUCGUUACCAAUCCUUCCGCCAAGUGCUGAUCACCACUAUGCUCGUUUGGAGGAUGGGCAACAACAAGAGAUCAAAAAGGAGAAUACAUUGAGCGACUCACUCGAAUGUGACCAGUUUCGGGAAGAUGGUCGUUUAUGUUCAUUUUGUGGUUCACGAGGCGACGAUGCCGAUUGUGCCGGUCGCCUCCUUUAUCUCGGCUGUGACUGCUGGGGUCAUGCCAACUGUGUUCUCUGGUCAGCUGAGGUAUAUCAGGAUGCCAAUGGAUUCUUGCAUAACGUCUAUAUGGCAAUGGCCCGAGGCCGCUUUCUCAAGUGCGAGCUGUGCUCGGCGAACGGCGCUACGAUAGGCUGCUGUGAACGCAACUGCGUCGCUAACUAUCAUUUCGGCUGUGCACUUCGGGCCGGCGCCGUUUUUUGUCGUGACAAAAGCGUAUUCUGUCUCAAGCAUUCGCGACUUCAAGGCGGCAUCGAGCCUGUUCGACAGGAAGAGCUGCUAGCAUGUGAGCGGCCAAUGUAUGUGGAUCAGACCGAGCUGAAAAACAGUUUAGGCCGACAUAAAACGUGGAGCCAAGGAGCACGACCAGCAUUGGUUCGUGUUUGUAUCGGCGGUCUAAUCAUUGAGGCACUUGGACAUAUCAAGUUGGCGUCGGACUUCGAUCCCGAUGUUUUAGUACCGGUUGAUUUUCGUUGUCGUCGAGUGUUUUGGAGUGUCGCCAAUGCUGCGAAGCGCGCCGAGUACCGUCUAUCCACUCGACAGGUCGACCCAAAAUGCUUCAACGACCCAUUAGCUCACUCGCUAACUGAUCACUGCGCUAAACCGAUUUCAUCAGGUUUUGAUGUUGCCGCUUCAUCAAUGGUGUCGUACGACGCUGAACGCGAGCUCGACACUCGGCUUCUCGAGGAGCUGUCCCGAUGCGUCCAUUCAUCCAACUCGCAUAUCGACCUUACUGAGUUUCUAGAAAGUGUCACGCGAUCUCUUGACCCCGAGUUGGCCAGCGGUCAGCAUCAAACCCAAAACCAGUCCCAGCAGCUUCAUCAAUCUAACCAUCUUGUUCAUCAGCAGCCACAGCAGCAGCAGCAGCAGCAACAACAACAACAACAACAACAACAACAACAGCAGGACUGUAGUCACCUUCAACAACAGCAGCAGCAGCAGCAACAACAACAGCACGCGCAGGCUCAUAUUCAACAACAGCAUCCAAAUCAAACUCAGGUGUCUAGCGAUAUGUCAAGCGCUGGCGAUUCCGCAAGUGAUGCUAUUUCGAUGGGAGUCGACGUAGCCUCACCCUCACAUCAAAACACCUGUUCGCUUGAAAACAUCGGAGAUCCGACUGGAGAUGUGUCCAGUCACCAACAACCAAGUCAUCUUCUUCAUAGUCAACAAUCUGAGCUAACGUCAGUCAAUAGCUUAGAAAACAACACCGCUGCCUGCCUUUCGCAUAUGUUAGACCACUCAUCGCAGCCUCAGACGCAACACUCUCAGCAGUUGAAUCUUGGGGACCACGUGGACCAGGUCUUGCUUGGAUCGCCUCAUAACUGUGAACAGACACACGCUAGCACUAUUACUGUGACCCAGCAGCAACCACCGAUGGGUCAUCAAGCCCAGCUAAGUUCAACCACUCAACAACCGCAAGCUCAUCACUUGAAUGGCAAUAAUCAAGCAUCACCUUCGUCUGUAGCUGCAACGACAGUGGCUUCGGCGCAGCAGAUGUCGAGUCCAUCCCCCCAGCAACCGCAACAGCAAUCGACGACUGCUACCUCUGUAACGGCUGUUUCAACAGGUAUGGCAUCCUCCAUGCAGACUCCGAUAUCGGCUGUGGCUACCACCGACGGAAACCAGCAACAUCAACCCCAACAUGCGCAUGUAUCGCAACAUUCAGUUCAACAACAACAACAAACCCAAACGUUGCAGCAGCAGCGGCAGCAGCAGCACGACCCAGCCCACUCUGAUGCGCUAGCCCAGAGCAUAAGUACAUCGACCACAGCGGUAACAACUGGUGGCGUGGGAGUUCUGGGCGCUAGUGGGAUCGUCUGUCCAUCGACAGUUGUUACGAGCGGUGGAGCUGUUGCAGCAUCUACAGGUGGAGCCGUUCACCAUCACCAUCAUUUUCAUCAUGGAUGUGCUCACGUACGUCUAGCGCACAGCUGUCUCGGUCAUCAGCAUCAGCACAACAACGGCAGCGGUAGCAACGGUCCACUUUCAGGUAACUGCGCCCAAGGUGGCGGCAACGGCGAACUGGUUGGCAUCAGCUGUGUUAACAAUCAACAACAAUCAACAGCGACCGCAGCGACGGUGGGCGGAAGUCUCCAGCUCACGGAACAAACGACUGGCACUGUAGCUUCCGCAACGCAGCAACAGCAAUCUACAAUGGUUCAACAAACAGCACAACCUCAACAACAGCAACAGGCAAUGCCUCAGACUGGAGUUACAGCCCAGCAAGGAAACCUUUUAGCAGCUCCCCUUCAGACGUUGUUAAAGAAGCGGGCUGAUGGCACCGUGACGAUUUCGGUCGAGCAGCUAAACCAGCUCAAUAGCCACCUUGUGUCGAAUAGUCCAUUGCUCAGCCAUCCGAGUGCCAAGGCUGCGGCAACGCUAAUCAGUGCCACAGCUUUUUCAGGAACUGGUGGAGCUGCCAAUACUGCAACGGGAACUACGCUAACAAGUGGUCCCACACAUCAUGCCGGCGGUGCCACAGCAUCUAGUCCUAUGCAGGUGUCCGUAAAUGGGUUAGCUGCGCCUACUGCGAUACCUUCGGCCGGCGGAACUGGUCCUGGUAAUGUCUUGUCCCAACACCAGAUCCAUCAUCACCAUCACCACCACCAUCACCACCUGCAUCAUCCGACAACGGUGUCGAUUCAGCAGCAGUCUACUGCGGGCUCGUCCUCCGUUUCGUCGCUCACAACAACAGCCUCAGCGACAACGACAACGCCAGCUGCUUCCCCACUACUCUCACCGUCGGGCACUGCGGUCCAACUUCUGCAGCAGGCGAACGGUAACCUGACCCUGCUCAGCCCGAACAACAGCCAUUUGCAUCUUCGCAGUGUCGGUAUGAGUGACGUACAAGGGGCUCUGUUAAGUCCUACAGGGCUCGCAGGUGUCCCAGGAGUGGUUGCGAGCCAGCUCGUCAACAAAGUGUCACCUCCUCGGCCGAAAACAAUUUUGCCAAAAAUGAGCGCCCUUCCGGUGCCUGCGGGGGCUGCUGGGGGUACAGGUGGCACCGCCGCAACUGCGGCGACAGCUACAGGCCAAGUGAAAACUACCACCGUUCCUCUAACAAAAGCGAAUUUACUUGCCGCAGCCGCAGCUGCUAGCGGUCCGUCGAGUUUGCUGACAUCGCCGACGAUGGCACAAGCCCUCGCUCAGAAUCCGCUCGCAGCGACACUAAACGUUCAACAGCAGCACACUGCUGCAGGCCUGUCAGUCCCACAGCUUCUUGGGUUGGCCCUCCCGCAGCAGAGUAGCGGAAAUAACGCGCCUUGCGAAGUGUACGAAGUACCAGGCGGAACGAUCAUCAUACCGAAGAAGGGCGUCGUCGGUGCAACCACCUCGACGCCAGGCGGGGUUGCCGCGGCCUUGAACCCCCAAGCGGGCGGCCUUAGCUAUCUCGGAAGCGUGCCUCUGCUCGGCCAACUAGGACAGUUAGCUGUCGGCAGUCAACCCUGGCCCCUGGCGGCCCCACCAGCACCAACGAUUCAGCUGAUUCAAACGCCGACUGGUCAACAGGCGGUACUCCUUAAUCCGUUUCUGCCUACACCGCUUAUCUAUCCUCAACUUGCUGUACCACAACCAAACCUUCUGCUGCAGCCACAGGGCGGAACCACGUUAGCGCAGUUGGUAGCCGCUGGUCAACAGGGUGCUCGUGCGGGACUCGUCAACACUCUCGGGGCCCAAGGCGCCCUUCAGAUGCUCAAUCCGGCACUUAUACAGAAGCUUCAGCAGCAGCAACAUACUACGGCACAGCAUAAAAGCUCACCGACUGGUCAACUGGCGGCGGGCACUACCAAAAUAUCAGUGACCACAGCUUCAACAACGAACCUCGGCUCACCACUGAGUUUGCGUACAAAUCAAACUAGCAGCACGCCAAUGCUAGGUACAAGUUCUGCGAGCAGCGGCAGCGGCGGCUCAGGAAGUAAUGGGGGACCAUCACCAUUACCCUGUCUACCUGAGAAAAGCAGUCCAUCCGAUGUUGUAUCGACUACUACGCAAGACAUUGCUGAAGACAAGGCAUCGCCUCGUAUUGGUCAUAUUGAAUUGGGUACGGAUGGUGGAAGCAGUCCUGCUCAGGAACAACACCAACAGUCGCAAGAUACCACGGCACAGAUUAACGUCGGACUCCUCGGAGCGCAAGGCGGCUCCGAUGGAUUGGGACAAACAGGAAGUGGCGGCCACCUCAGCGGAGGCGGGAGUGCGAGCUCGCAGCCGCAUCGGCCUAACUCAAUGAACAGCAAUAACGACCGCUACCCUGAGCCAGAUUCGUCGACGAAUGAACUUCCUCUGAUCGAGCGGAUGGGCACCUGUUCUCCGUUGUCGUUACCGCCGCCGCAGAGUCCAUUCUCGUCCUCGCCGUCGCCGUCGUCGUCGCCCUGUGACCAGGAAGACGCCGAUGCUGAGAGCAUCCUUGCCUUACUACAGAAAGCAGCAAACAAAAUCAUGGAUGCGGGGUUGCAAGUCGAGGUCGCCGACAGUUGCACCGAUGACGAGCAGCAAAGUCUAUCCGUGCAAAUGGACUGUAGCUCACUUAACGCUUCGGCUUCAGUUCCGCCACCUUCAAUGCAUAACCAGCAGCAACAGCAACAUUUGCAGCCGUCACAGCAAGAGCAGAAUUCGUCGGAUCAUCAACAUUCUCCAGAGAUGCUGCAUCUACAGCAGCAUCAGCCACAGCAGCUUCAGACACAACAGCAGCAGCAAGUGCAGCAGCACCUUCUGCACCAACAGCAGCAGCAGCAGCAGCAGCAGCAACUCCAGUCCCUGAUGAUGGACCGAGGUCCGCAGCACAAUCUCGUGGGAUCACAGCACCAUCAGACGCAACCACAGCAGACGCCACAGCAUUCCCACCAGCAGCCGAGUCUCCAGUCUCAUAUUCAACCGCUUCGGCCGCAACAACAACCGGUGAUACCACAUCAACAAAGCCAGCAGCAGCGACAAGGGCAACUGCAGUUGCACAGCCCUCAGCCACUUGGCGGACAGCAGCAGCACCACCACGAGACAGGUGGCACUGGGUCCCAGGAACAACCACAGCAUUUAGUAGGCUCACCACAGAGCUGCCCUAGCAGCAUUAUGGGCCUCCACAGCAGUCCGCAUAGUCAUCACGCACAACAGCAGCAGUCGCAGCAGCACCAUCCGCAGGUACUUAACCAUCAUCAUCAACACGGUGUCGCGGUUCAGAGUAACAGCGGAAAUACGAAUACUAAUUCGAAUCAUACGACUACUUCCAUAACAACAAUUCGUCUUCCAAUCGAGUGUGGCUCGGCGGUGUCGGCACAGCAUGAACAGCAGCAACAGCAGCAGCAGCUUCAGCAACAAACUCCACAGCAGACACAUGAACAGCUUCAAUCGCAAAUUUCGCUACAUGUACCCACAUCGCUACCGGGUUCGAGCGUAGUAAUUCAACAUGGCGUACAAGCACCUGUCGUUGCCCCAUCUACUUCGCCUGCCUCCUCGUCACUUUUGGGAGGACCACCGCUCAUUAGCGGUGAAGGAACCGGCUUACACCAUCAACAACAACAACAACAGCAACAAACGCAACAACUUCAGACUUCUUCAUCUCCUGCAGGUACCACUGACUCAGAAAUCGUCACUAUGUUUCCCGUAGUACCGCCGCCUCCUACCAUUACAAAAUCGUUACCAUCAGGCAUAAGUGGCGUGGGCAGCGGCAACAGCGGAAGCGGCGCGCUCACGCAAACUGUAUCGCCUCUAACACUGGUCGACGCCCCUCCCUCGGAUCGACCCUAUCUCAUCUAUCGGUUGGAAAGCAGUGACGGCGCCUACUCGAACGAGUCGCACAAUAUAAAUGCGCUUUGGCGUGAUUUGUUUGAACAGUUGCAGCUGGCAAGAACGGCGGCUAAUCUCGACCCGUUACCGAUCAAUGCUACGGAAAUUGACGGGUACGCAAUGAUGGGGCUGAGGAACGCGCUGGUAUGCCAUCUCCUCGAGCAGCUACCUGGUGCCGACGAAUGUCGCGUUUACGAAGCUAAGUACCAUCGGUGGAGGUCGCUAUACAAGAACGCGUCGGGGUGCGCGCGCACCGAGGCAUUCGACGGCCAACGCUCGGAUCACGACAUGUUCUCGUGGCUGACAUCCUACCAUAGACAUCCUCCACAGUUUACGUCGGGCAAUUCGAGCGGAGGACGUGGCGGUGCUGAUCACCAUGACAUGGCACCGGCCUGCUCAAAACGGCACACGUCACUUGACCUGCCAGACGCCAUGAGGUAUCGUCACCUCAAGGACACCGCCAAACAAGUGGCAGGCGUUUAUCGAUCGGGUAUUCACGGCAGGGGCCUAUAUUGCAAAAAGGACAUUGCCAAGGGAGAAAUGAUUAUUGAGUAUUCGGGCGAGGUGAUUAGAAGUACGCUGUGCGAUCUUCGCGAGAAGUAUUACGAGAGUCGCGGUUUAGGUUGCUAUAUGUUCCGCAUGGACAACGAUCAAGUAGUGGACGCUACGGUCAAGGGCAAUGCUGCUCGAUUCAUUAAUCAUUCGUGUGACCCCAAUUGCUACUCGAAGAUGAUUACGGUGGACAAUAAGAAGCACAUCGUGAUCUACGCUUUGAGAGAGAUUCGCUCGGGAGAGGAAUUGACGUAUGACUACAAAUUUCCUAUCGAGGACGAUAAGCUUCAAUGCACUUGCGGGUCGAGGAGGUGCCGGAAGUUCCUCAACUAAUCUUAUAUCAAUCCGUACCGCGAGCUGUGGAUGAACCGAAUGUGCCACUCGAAUCGUCAUGCGUGCUGGUAAAAGGUCCCCCGCGAACGUGUCAGAAAUGAACACGCUGCUCUAGGGUCCCGGAGUGACUAUAGCGCCUGCUAGAGCAACAGUCGGUCCACACAACGACAAUAUAAAGCUAUAGCGAAUAGUUGAGUAAGAGCUAAAGGGUUGGCAUUUGUCAAGCUUCUCAUAUCUUUUCUUCGCUGUUAAAACAACGAUGUUGUCCGAAAUGAUGGAGACGAUUUGCCAUAGGGCGGAUCGUAAGAAGGGGCAGUGUGUGACAAAGCAUUAUCAUUCGAUACAUAAACUAUUAUUAUUACGAAUAAUCAGUUUCCGGUCGAUUGUUCCGGGAGACCAUCUAUCUUCGUUUUACUACUUAGCCGAAUCACACAUAGAAGACACAUUGAGACUGGUUGCGAUGUGACAAUGUUGUAAAUGCAGUUAACGAAAGCUGGAAAGAAAUGUUAAAGGAAGCUGGAAAAGUUAGAUUACCUUUAUGUGACCGUGCAGAAAUUCUGGCUAUUGCAUCGCAUCGUCUAUAAAUUGACCGGUGAUUAUAGAAGAGAUCGGCAACUUAAAUUUCACAGUAAUUAUACACGCGUUUAUAAAGAUACACCCACGCACAUAUAUGCACACAACUAAUCAUAUACAAAAUCGCUACAAAGACUAGAUUUAAUAGCUGGUUGAAACUACGAUGACGGUAGAACACUUGAGAUAUUGCUCGAAUGCCCAGUGAAUGGGGGCAUAGAGCAGUGUUUUUGACAACCUGUGAUGAGACUGCUUGGGAAAUACAAUACCAGAUACUAAGAGAAAUGGAGACAACAUCACGAGGACAGCUAUGAUUUUGUAUUUUUCUAUAUAUCUGUGAACAUAGAAGAUAUAUAUAUAUAUAUAUAUAUAUAUAUAAUCUAUAUAUAUUAUACUGGAUGAAGCAUACUCGUUUGUAUUCGGAAGAGAAAGAAAUACUUGUUGAACAGUGAUGAAGAUAUUGAAAGAAGAAUAAAGAUCAACUGGGGGAUAGAGGUAUGUUGGCGGGAACAUGGGGCACGCCAUAGGUGCGGAGAGCGACCUCGUAGUUAGCACCCCCCCCCCCCUGCAGACGGUAGUGUAUGUAUGAUAUGGAAACGAAGGAAGGAAGGAACGAACGAACGAACGAACAUACCGGCGACAUGACAGAUGAAAAGCCCUAAUAUAAUGGUCAUAACAAGAUAAGUAGAUCAGACAUAUGAUUACUUAUAGUUCUGUAGAUGUAGAAAGUGACACUAUGAUUAUCAGUUAUUAUGUCUAUGACGAUAUGUGACCUCAAAGGUCGACCUAUUUAUGUUGAAGUGCACUUUUCCCAGGGAAGAAGACAGGUGAGAAAGAAGAUUAGGGAAUAGAUAUAUGGCAAGGACGACAAUUGAUAAUUAUUAUAUACAUUGUCAUUAUUGUGAUUAUGAUGAUUACUAUUGCUAUAUUAUCACUAUCACAACAGUGGGAGAACCCUAUUAUUAAACAACUGGGUGUUGAGCUUCUUGUUGACGUGAAUUUGUAAAAAUAGUGGGUGACUGAGUCAACGUCGUGUUGUUUUUAGGACACUCACUGCAUUGUCUCGUGGCAUUCAUGUCACAAAAUGUUUAUACGACACGCUAGAUAUCAAAGGAUUAGCGAGACGGACAAGAUUAAGAUCAUUUGCCUGCAACAUCAAUUUCAGCAUCCUCGCUACUAUCUAUCAAACAAUAUUAAAGCAACACCAUGUCCACACUCACGAUUUUCACCCCAUCAGAUUGUAACAGGGCAUUUCACGAGCCUUCUUGAACCCCGCCCCCGCCCCCGAGGCUCGAGGUGCCAUAAAGUGCUCUUACCACUUUUUUGCUGCGAUAACUAUUUGUUGAAACAUUACAAGCGGAAACGUUUGUUUCGUCAGAGUUUAUACCCCUCAUUUGUCACCUGUUUUUUUUCCAAAUAUUAGCAACGCGUAGCGUGGCUCUUUCCACCAUGCUAUGCAAAGCAAUUAGUCGAACAACAGCGUAUACGGUACGUGAAACAGAAAUUAUUGUUACUUCUCGCCAUAGCAGAAGGGCAUACGCGCCCAGCGAUAGACUUAUCGGCACUUGCAUCACUACUAAAUGGUAGAGCAUUGAGGAACCGUUGAUGAAUAAAGUCAAACAUAGCCUAUUUCGUAGGACAGAUGUCACACACAUCCAUACGUAAACAUCUGAGCCUUUACCAGAUCGAUCUGUAGAAAAAUUAAUAUGUUACUUUUCUAAUAGCAAAAAAUUUCAAACACAAGUGAGAUAUGAGAUAUAUAUAGCUUCGAAAAUCUUAGAACCAUAUUACGAAUUCGUGUUGAUCAUUUUUUUUUCCUCUUUAUUAUGAUUAUUACUACGAUUUUUUUUACUUUACAAUUUCUGCAGUUUA